AUGGAGUCCGCCCACCUUACCCACGCCCAUGAUCACGCCCGCGCUGCCGCCGCUGCUACGCGCAACAAUAGCGUCGCGACCGCGGGGCAGGAGCACGACCUGGCCGCCGCCGCAUUCCAUAAUGCCACCAACGACACGCACAACGCUGAGGCUCUGCGCAUCCUCGCCCUGCUCGAGGUGCACCACCGCAAGCUCGCCGGCCUAAUCAAAGAAGCUCCGCCCAAGCAGAAGAAGACAGCCGCUGCGACAAAGCAACCUACCGACUCAUCGGUCUCUUCCCUGCCCAAGUCCUCAACUACCGCGGUCCCACAAACCCCAGCUGCUUCUUCUACAACCCCGCCGACGUCGCGCCGCAGACUGCCCCAGUCAUCCAUAGCCACCAACCUGGCCGAGAAGCGCGGCAUCCCCAGCGUAAAGAGAGCCACCGCCGCCCCUGCUGUCAGCAACUCAAAUGCUACGGCCGCCCGCCAUGACCAGCCCUCCACGCCUGUCCGUGACCUCCUCGCCCAGCACUCGCGCAAAGGAGAUUCCCCAACCGCAAACGACUCGCUCAAGCACCCCGCCCCAGCCUCGCCCUCACCACAGCGAUCCUCGCCUCCGCCAGACGACAACUUCCGCCGCUUCUACAACGCCUUUGGCGGCAUUAUAUCCGCCAUCAGCGCGCCCCUUGCCUUUACAUCCUUACCUCUCAACCCCUCAGCAUCCACCCCCGAGCCAGAGCCACCCAGAGAACAGGACAGAGCUGCAAGGACAAGGUCUAGAAACCACUCGCCUGAAGCUUCGAGGACUGUUACUUCUUCGGUUCCCGAUCUUGCCGCCCUCAUCAGUAAACCUGCGUUGCGUGCCUUGAGGGAAGACGGUGCGCCUCCGCUUGGUCCCAACGAGAGCUUCUACCUGGUCCCUACCACCGGCGGCACAGUCACCUACGCUAGUGUCCUACGCGACCCCAACGCACCCAACCUUUCCGCAAACAACCAGUACAAUACACUCGACGAUGGCUCCGGAUCUCUGAGGGGCAGCUCCCAUGAAGAGUUUGUCGAUGCACGCGAGAAUGUUGGCCCUCCCUCACCCACCAGAACACGCCGUCCGCUCUCUCGUGGGAACCCAGGCACGAGCGUCACCACUCAGCUCAACAUACCUGCGGGUAGAGGGUCGCGCCACAAGACUAUGGAAGAGCUCGCCCUCGAAAACGACACGCUCAAGUCCGUGAUCGACAAGCAGGCCAAGCGCAUCCAAAUGUGGGAGCUCAGCUCGCAAAACUCCUUCAACGCUCUCGCUCAGUCAUUCCGCGUUCGAGGCUCUGGACGCGGCAACAGCGAUCCCAGCUCCCUUGCCGCCCACGGCGUGCACCCACACCCGUCCCUCCCGUCACCUCCCAUCCCAGGCCAUGCGCAACAGCAGCACCCACCGCCGGCGCCCACCUCACCAGGCUCCGCUCCACCACCCGACGCCGAAGCCCUCAAGCGCAUAGCUGAUCUCGAAGCCCUGCUCGCCUCUCAAAACGCAAAGAUCGACGACCUCAUGGCCAACAACGACAAGCUGGCCAAGCAGCACGAGAGAGAUGCACAGGUCCUCGGCCGGUACCGCGAGCAGUGGGAGAAGCUCAAGGCGGGCGCCAGGAAAAAGGAACAGGAGAGGCGUGAUAAGAGAGUCUUGGUACCGGACGGUAAGCCCACGGAUUCUUUGGCAACCGAGCCCGAGGCUAGCGAUCAAACUGCUCAGCCAGACGGACUGGAACAACAGCAACAGCAACAGCAGAAACAAUCACAGCAACAAGAACAAGAGGAUGAUAUGCAGGAAGAACCGGGCUUUGGAAAGGCUUAG